UGAAAUCGAAUUUCGCGAAAAUACACAGCACAUCGGCAAGAUGGCAAGCGCGGAGUCCACGGCAGCACCUGCCCAGUACAAGCAGCCCAGCCGCAAGGGCAAGAAGGCCUGGCGCAAAAAUGUCGACGUUACCCAAGUGUCUACUGGCCUCGACGAAGUGCGGGACCAGAUAAUCCAAGGUGGCAUUAUCGCGGAAAAGCCGUCUGACGAGCUCUUCACCGUCGACACCACCGGUGAUGCCGAAGUCCAAAAGUCUGUGACCAGACGCUACAAGCCGCUCAAGGCCGACGAAAUUCUCAACAAGCGCUCCGCUAUCCCCUCGGUAUCAUCCAAGAAGCGACUCGCAGACUUCACCGAGGAGAAGAGGCGAAAAAAGUCAAAGGUCUCGCAAAAGGACUAUGACAGGCUAAGGUCGAUCGCAUAUGGCGGCGACCAGGUGCAAAAGGACAUUAUAGAGACGGGCGGUGCGGCGGUCUACGAUCCAUGGGCGGUGCAGGAGGUGAAGAAGGACCCCAAGUUCGACUUUUUGGACGAGAAAAAACCAAAGCGAGAGCCGAAUACGCUGAAGCAGGCGCCUGUCUCGUUGGCCAAAUCCGGAAAGGCCAUACCCGCGGUGCGCAAGCCCGAGGGCGGAAAGAGCUACAACCCCAACUUCAACGACUGGCAGGCGCUUGUCACAAGAGAAGGCGACAAGGCGGUAGAAGCGGAGAAGGAACGUCUCAAGGAGGCCCAGGAGGAGGCGGAGCGCAUGGAGCGUGCAAUGGCCGAGUCGGACGAGGAGUCGGAUGGGAACGAGAGCGCGUGGGAGAGCGAAUGGGAGGGUUUCAGCGACGACGAGAACAAGGUCAAGCAGAAGCGGCCGGAGCGCAAGACGCCUGCCGAGCGGAACAAAUUCAAGCGGAAGAAGGCGGCAGAGGGCCGUGCAAAGCACGAGGCCCGCAUGAAGGCGAAGGAACAGCAAUUGCAGCGCAUCAAGGAACUUCAGAAGUCUGUCGAACAGAAGGAGAAAGCACGAGAAGCCCUCCGCAACAUGACUCUCGUUGAAACCAAUGAGGCGCCAUCCGAGGACGACGAAGGCGAGGAGGUUCUCCGCAAAAAGCGCUUUGGAAAGCACUACGUUCCCGAAGCCCCUCUCGAAGUCGUCCUUCCCGACGAGUUGAAGGACUCCCUCCGCCUCCUCAAGCCGGAAGGCAACCUACUCAAAGAUCGCUUCCGCAGCAUGAUGGUGCGCGGCAGGAUCGAGGCGCGCAAGCAAAUCCCGUACGCCAAGAAGAAGAAGGUCACUGUUACGGAGAAGUGGUCGUACAAGGACUGGAAGUUGUAAAUGCAGAAAUUUUGAGAGAAAUGAUACCACUACCGCGCAUGCUCGAUCACGGCCGCAUUCCUGCUUUGCGUUCGCUGAUGAAAUUGUGUAGGCUGUUUGCUGUUGUCAUUGAUGAUUGCGUUUUCGAUGGUUUUUGUAGCGUCUUAGAAGAUUGAAUCCAUCGUGCCUACCGAUCAAUGCAUUCAGCACAUCGUUUCAAGCCCAGUAGCUUGAGCCGCCAAAUAUCACGACCGAGUCAGUGACCGCACUUUGACUCUUACGGUCCAGAGCAUCUCAGUGCUUUCGAGUACCAGCAACGAUACCUUCUCCCAGACGAAAGCCCGGCAGGCGUUGGGUGUCUGGUGCAGUCCAGCACUCACUUUUCAACCGACUUCCACAGUCCAGCAACGUCCCC